AUGCAGCCACCGUUCGACCAGGCGGCAUCCAUUCAGACUGUUCUUCAACGACAGCGAUGUGAGUCCCCAUUCUCCACAGCAAUUCGCUCGGGGCCGCACUCGCGUCUCUCACAACUCAGGUUCAUUCACCUGCAGGAAGCAGACAGGGUCGUUUCCGUAGAUGGUUUUUUCUCGGUUGUGUUCCCCUGCACAUUCCCAGAGUCCGAGGACGACACCCGCGGGUGGGUGGAGCGACUGCGGAAGCUGAUGCAGAAACAACGCGUCAACCCGUCACACUGUCGGUGGUGGACGACGGACGAAACGAGCACCAACAGAGGCCGUCACUUUUGA